GGUAAAGAUGCAAAGAGCCACGAAAUCUUCUCAAUUGCGGGCCAUGAUUCUUUUGGAAUAGGUAACCUUUGAAAGUUUUGAUAUUGAUAUCUCUCAAUACAUGCUCAAUGAUUGCUUGACACUCACUUGAAUAUUCACUUCAAACGACAGCCUCAGUAUCAAACUCAAACCCAACCUUGACGACCGUACUCACCCAAAGCAAAUUGCUUCUUCCUCAUCUUCAUCUGAUCUCCAGAUACCCUUCAAACUGGACAUACUGAAACCUUCGCAACGACAUCGCCUAUUCGGAAUAUAUCCCUAGGUAGGACUAGGUAUUCAGAGCCUCAUACCUUUCUCCCCCGGAUUUUCAUGCAAAGGAAUCUAGAAACAGACACUUCCAACUGCCUCAGAUCCACUUGUUUGCAAAUAUCUACCUCAUAACUUCUCAUCGUUCUUACCUCAACUAUAUUAAAGAGUUUCUGUCCUCUCUUCCUGAACAUCAGCAUUCAAUCAACUCAAGCUACUACUACCGUAAUCCAUUAAUACUUAUUUGCACGAAACGAUCCGCCGGCGGUUCAUACAACAUCACUACAAAUACCCAUACAUUUGUUUUCCCAAGAAAACUUCUAAUAUCACCCAAUCAAACUCUCCAUCAACUUUCAGCCAAAAUGGAUAUGUCAACUUCAGACAUGGACAUGUCCACCAUGUCCACCACCAUGUCCAACAAAACCACAAUGGACAUGUCCAUGAUGUCAAUGACCUUCUUCAUCUCCAAAACCACCGCCCUCUACUCCACCAUGUGGACUCCAACAACCGACGCCGGCUAUGCAGGAACUUGUAUCUUUCUCGUUCUCCUCGCUACACUGUUCCGCGGACUUCUCGCCGUCAAAGCCUGGAAAGAAAGCGCAUGGCUUGCCGAAGAAACCAAUCGUCGCUACGUUACCGUUGCUGGGAAGGGCCCCAAAUCCGAGCGUAUAAGCAUAGACAGCGAUUCGAAGAAUAUGACACUUAGUGAGAAUGGUGUCGAGGAGAAUGUAAUGGUUGUUAAGACACGUAGCAUGGGUGUUAGACCAUGGAGAUUGACUGUCGACCCUGUGAGAGCGGUUAUGGAUACUAUUAUUGCUGGUGUCGGAUGGUUACUUAUGCUCGCAAUUAUGACUAUGAAUCUCGGAUAUUUCCUAUCUGUCUUGGGCGGUACAUUCCUUGGAAGUUUGGCAUUAGGUCGUUAUGUCAUUGCUUUUGAGCACUAGACAUAUCAAAUUACAAACAAACAACCUAUAGAUGUACUGCGGCAGGCAAGCAGCUUUAUGGGAUUUAAUUUAAUGAUUAUGAUCAUGAGAUAAGGAUGGAGGGUUGGAGAGGAGUUUAGGAUGACAAAGCGCACAUCAUUUCAAAUAGAGAAAUGAUUGGUGUUUUGACUUAAGGGGAGGAAUUUGGGUAUUAUGACUCGUUAAUGAAGCAUGAUUGUUAAAUUACCUGAUACGAUCGAUUACGAUGUGAUAAUUCUUUGUCUGGAUUUGGGAUUUUUGAAAGGGGAGUUGGGGAUUAAAAAGAUGGCAUAAGUAUUGCUUAUUAGCAUGAGCAUCAGCAUCAACAUCAGCAUGGAAGGGGUACGAUACGAAGAUCAAGAAGACGAGAGCUGGUAUAAAUUCAUACAGAUUACAUAUAUCAGAAAGAAGAAAACCCACUUGAAAAUAAGCUCUAUUCCCAUCUCGCGGCGAUCACAAACAUGAUGUCCUCACAAUGCACUUCAAUCAAACCCAACCUACCAUCUGAAAAACGCAUUCAAUCUCCAAAGAACUACCCUCCCAUUCUAAUUUCUAAAUCUAUGGUAAAAUCAUUUCAUAUUAUAUUAUAUCAUAUCACAUCAUUUCUUUCAUCACACCACAAUACUAAAUAGUUUCUGCGAAUACCCGUCACAGCUGCAGGAUGUACGACCAACCUCGUCUUACAAACUCCUGUUGUGAAUAUAUACUGCUUGGAGUUUUGUGCUGCGGUUUUUAUGGGGUGUGGGUUGGAUGGAUGGGGAGGGGGAGAGAGAGAGGGAGAGGGAGAGGAUAAAGAUGAGGAUGAGGAUAACUGGGUGUAUAGGAGGGGGUAGGGAUGUGAAGAUAUAGAUGGACAUGUUGUGUCAUUAUGUGUAUAAUUCUUAUACGUGAUGGUACGAGGUAAGGAGAGUUGAUAUGUCGGGUAUGUAUGAAGGCGACGCGCAUAUGGAAAUUGAGGGGUGAGGGAGGGAGGAGAUUAGGAGAUGGGUGAAGGUGCGAAUAGAUGGUGUAAUGGGUUUGGAAAUGGGAAAUGGAAGAUAGAAGAUAGAGGAUAGAGGAUAGAAGUAGAUAUAGAAGUAGAUAAUAGAAGUAGAUAAUAGAAGUAGAUAAUAGAAGUAGAUAAUAGAAGUAGAUAAUAGUAUUA